AUGAACAACGCGUCGAAGAAGAUCUUAGUGGUGGACGAUAUUGGUUUGUGCAGAAGGAUAACGACGAACCAGUUAGAGCAGCUCGGGUUUAAAGACUCGCCGGUGGCGACGAGCGGGAAAGAAGCGAUUCAAUACAUUGACGAGAAACAAGGCGAGGUGCAGUGCAUUUUGUUGGACAUCAUGAUGCCGCAAGAAAACGGGGUCGAAACGUUAGCCGAGAUCCGAAAGCACGAGAAGUUCCGAAGAGAACACUUAGAGCCUGGGCACGAGGAGGAAGAGCCGAUUAAAGUUAUUGCGGUGACGGCGUUGAAACAUGGGGAGCUUUUGAGUUUGUGCGAGUCGACCGGCGAAGCCGGGCACUCGGUCAUGUUUGACGGGUACAUCGAGAAACCGGCGACUUUGACAAAGAUUCGAGACGCGAUGGAGACGGCUGCGAUUAUGUUUGCCUCAAGUUUGCCUUCAGGAUUGGACCAAAAAACGAGAAAGAUCAAUAAUAAUAACAAUAAUAAUAAUAAUAAUAAUAGCACGAAGAAUUUAGCAACGCUGGCGGCACCGGCGAAGGUACAGAGAGGGAAUAGCGACGGAGGUUCCGGAGGAUCGGAUCCAAUCACAGAUGGUGGAGGUAGCGGAGGCCGAGGUGGUUCAAACGAAGGUACCGACACUCGAAAUAAAGGGAGCAACGAAGUUGAUAACGGAACGUCGAGCGAUGAGAAAGGACAGACGCAAUCGAAAGGAUUGGGCGGCAAGAUGUCCGCGAAGGCUGGAAAAGAAAAGAAACAGGAUCAAAUCGACAAGUUGAAGAAAGAGGAAGAAGAGAACGACGACGAGAACAACAAGCACAAACGCGCAGCGAGUCCGGGUUUGGGCGGUAACAAAGUUCGACCGACGCAUUCGGGAGAAACCACGUCGGCGGCGCCUGAACACGAUUUGGAAAAGUACGGCAGUAACGAACGCAACGUGGGAGGAGGCAAUCAGUCGAAAAGGGCACACUUCAACGAAGGCGAUAACGCCGCCGCCGGCAACGAAAAUACCGACGGCAUAUCGAAUGAAGACGCGACGAAUAAGAAAGAAACGACCGUGCUGGAGAAUGUUUACGAUAAGAAUCGAUCCGAACGAAGAUCUGAGCGCUCAAAGAGGAACCAAAGCCAAACGAGGCACUCGCCGUCGCGUCGCGGAGCGAGAGAUAUGAACAACACGGAUGACGAUGACGAAGGAAACGACACUGGCAACGAGAAAGACACAGAUUCUGGCGAGCAUCAAGGUUCUGCCGGUGGUUCUGGGAAGAAUUCGGAAGAACCGAACCCUAGAGGGAUGUCGCCGCAAGCAAAUUCUGGGGGUAGUCGUGAAGGUUCCGGAGGGUCUGGAAACGAUGGUAGCGGCGGAUCUGGGGCCGAGACGACUUUGAACAUUCAAAUGCCGAAAGAAGGUGACAAAGAUCGCGGUGGGCAAGUCAAGGUAAAAAUUGCGAAGGAUGAAGAUGUCGAGGACGAGGCAGAUCGCAACUCGCCGGAUGAAAACGGGGACAUGCCGAUGACGCCGGCGACGGAUAUUAUUGAGCAGCGAGACGCGCAACAGCAACAGCAACAAAUGCAACCACAAAAGACGCAAAAAGAGCUCGAAAGAGAACAGAACAUUGCUGGUCGCGAAGAUGUGAACAACCAUCGCCCCUGCGCGAGAUGUAACUCAAACGAAACUCGUUUCUGCUACUACAACAACGGUCUGUUAUCACAACCUCGACAUUAUUGUCGCGCGUGUCAGAGAUAUUGGACAGAAGGCGGCACGCAACGCAACCUUCCAAAGGGCUCUGGUCGACGCAAAGAUCGUGGUGCUCCGAAUGUACACCAUGCGAGUGGUUAUGGCGGUGGUGAUGGGGAUGGAGCGGAUGGCAGAAACAACACCGAGACACCCGCCAUGAAUGCUGCCGCUGGUUUAGCCGGACUUGCGAGCGCAGCAGGCAACGCGCUUGGAGGCGCUGGACCAGCAUUCCUGCGACAACCGCCGAAUAUUGCAGCGGCAGCUGCAGUCGCUCGACAGCAAGUUUUGCUUCCCAACUCGAUGGUUGGUGUUCCGUCGACGGCGAGUAACGGCAGCAAUCAGCUUCCUUUCAACUUUCCGGGCGUUUCGGCCGCGCAAAUCGCCACCGCUGCUCGAAACGCCGCAGGUGGUGGAUUUGGCUCGGUGGGGAGUCAGCCGGGAGCCAACGCGGACGCGGCGGUACUCGCGGGUAUGCACAGCGCUUCCAACGCAGACGCCCAGGUUGCGCAGUUGCUAUCUUCCGUCGCUGGAUACGACGUCAAUUUGGCCGCAUCUCUUGUUGGAUUCGCUGCUGCCAGAGUUGGCGAAGAAAUCGCGAGAAAUGCAAAGAUGAUUCACGGCGAUUCCCCGGGUGCGGAUAUUUCCGAACGCGUCGUCACGUUGGCCAAAAUCACCGGAUGGAGAAUUGGUACGGCAAUUUCAACUAUUGCAAUGUCGUCAGUUGAGCAUGGUAUGGUGCAAGCGGACGUCAAUACGCUCGUGCAAGCGCAACUGCCUAUUGUAACAUCUCAGGCUACCAUGGAAGCGAACGCGAUAUUGCAAACCAUGUCUUCCUCGACAACGAGUGAGAAACCGCAGAGCGAGACCGAGAACAACGAUAACAUCAGCGGCGGGAAGAAAGCCACCGGAAGUGGAAAUUCAGGCGGUUCGGGGGGAACCGGUGUUGAUUCCAUGGGAAACAACGUCAACGCGCAAGCUACAUCUGCGCCCGAAGCUACUAUUCUUGCCAUGCAGCAAGCACAGCAAGCGGCGGUUGCGCGAUGGAUGAAUGACUUGGGCGGAGCGCCUUUCAUGCAGCAACAACAGCAACAACUUCAACAACUUCAACAGCAGCAGCAGCAACAACAACAAUUGUUACUACUUCAACAACAACAACAACAACAACAAGGCGGUAAGUCGGCCCAAGCUGCGCAGUACGCGAGCCUUUUGAUGAAUUUGACCGGAGGAGAGGCGGUGGACGCGAAAGCGACGCCGAAAAGGAAAACGAACGAAGUCAAGAAAAGCACAAACAACAGCAGUUAA